AUGGAGCCCAUCCCCGGACCUGCCGGCUGGCCGCUGAUCGGCAACUUGUUGGACAUCGACCUCAACAACACGGUGCAGAGCUUCGUGGGGCUCGCCGAAAAAUACGGCCCGAUUUUCAAGCUGCGCCUGGGCGGCAGCGACCGCAUCUUCCUCAGCAACCACGUGCUUGUCAACGAGGUGUGCACGCGCAAGGAGUUUGUCAAGCAUAUCAUGGGCGCCGUUGGGGCGCUCGCCCAGGUGCUGCCGGACGGGCUCUUCACGGCGCCGACGGCGAAAAGGAGCUGGGGCCAGGCCCGGCGCACGCUGCAGCCGACCUUCGCGCCGGUGCGGAUCCGUAGCAUGUUCCCGGAGAUGCUCGACAUCACGUCGCAGCUGGUGCUCAAGUGGGCGCGCCACGGGCCGCGGACGCCCAUCGACCUGUCAGCCGACUUCACCCGCCUGACGCUGGACACGCUCGCCCUUACCGCCAUGGACACGCGCUUUAACUCGUUCUACCACGACGAGCUGCACCCGUUUGUACGGCACUUCGGCGCCAUGUUUGCCGAGCUGCAGCGCCGCUCCAACCUGCCGGCGUGGUCCUCGUGGCUGCGGUGGACCGCCAACCGCGAGUUCGACGAGAACAACGCGUUCAUCCGGGCGUUCUGCGCCGACGUGCUCGCGCACCGCCGCGCGCGCGAGAGCGAGGACGGAGGCGGCGAGCUCGCCGGCCGCCAAGAUGUCUUCACAGCCAUGCUGCACCGGCGCGACCCGGUCACGGGCGAGCAGCUGGCCGACUCGGUCAUCAUCGACAACAUGAUCACGUUCCUGUUCGCGGGCCACGACACGACGGCGGGGCUGCUCUCGUUUCUCGUGUACCAUCUGAUCCGGAACCGGGACGCGUACGAGAAGCUGCAGGCCGAGAUCGACCGAGUGCUCGGCGGCGGCGCCAUGACGGCCGACCACCUGGAUCAGCUGCCAUACGCCAAGGCCUGCGUGCUCGAGGCGCUGCGCCUGGAGUCGCCCGCCCAGGCCUUCGCCGUUACGCCGCAGAUGGACGACGACGGCGGCGACAGCGACAAGCCCAUCCUGCUCGGCGGGCGCUACCCGAUCCGGCGCGGCCAGACGGCCAUCGUGCUGACGCCGGCGCUGCACCGCGACCGCGGCGUGUUCGGCGACGACGCCGCCUCGUUCCGGCCAGAGCGCAUGGCCGAGGACAAGAUGAAGCAGCUGCCCAAGAACUCGUUCAAGCCGUUCGGCAACGGCAUGCGCAGCUGCAUCGGCAAGGACUUCGCCAUGCAGGAGGCCAUGAUCGCGGCCGUCGUGCUGUUCCAGAAGUUCGAUUUCGAGCUCGUCGACCCGGACUACGAGUUGCAGUACCAGCCCAGCCUCAACCGCAAGCCCAAGGACCUGUUUGUCUACGCGCGCUUGCGGCCGGGUGUCAAUGUCCUCUCGCUUCACCGCGACCUGUUCGUGCCCGCGAAGCAGGACCAGCAGGCCGAGUAG